AUGUUUUUUGGUCUUCAAUUUAUAAACCAUGACGAAGUUGAAGAUGCAUUCGUGGAGUUAAUCGCUGUUUGCCCAAAUGAAGAAAUUGGUCACAUUUUUUCAGAUUAUGUUUUAAAUAAUUACAUAGAACCUGGAUGUCCGUUCAAUGCGAAAUUGUGGGCAAUGAAACCUUCGGAAAAUCCCAGGACCACAAAUGCCGCUGAAAGCUUUCAUAGAACAUUUAACAGCCAAUUUUACAGUUCUCAUCCAGCAAUAUAUAUUGUUAUUCAAACACUAAUUGAAACACAAUCAGAAACUGUAUUAAAAAUAGCAACGAUAGAACAGGUGGUCCUGCGAACUGACAAAUGUGUCACUCUCAAGUGA